AUGUCGGUUGUCGGAUCGCUUAUCUUUUGCACCAACUGCGGAAAUCUUCUAGACUCCAUAUCGCAUCAAAAAGUGCUCAAAUGUCAGGUUUGCAAUAAAUCAUACCCUACAUCCGAGUUCGCCAACUUAAAGGUUGUUACACAUCCAUCUAAGAAUGCAUUUCCAUCAGCUUUAAGGGCUAAACAGUCGUUGGUCAAGACUACUUUGCACCAGAACGAGAUCGAGGAAGGUGCUACCAUUCACGAGAAAUGUCCUCAGUGUGGCAAUGAUGAAAUGCAGUACCACACGUUACAGUUGCGUUCUGCAGAUGAGGGUGCUACGGUGUUCUAUACGUGCAAAAGGUGCGGAUACAGGUUCAGGACGAAUAACUGA